AUGGUACGGACAUUUGAUAUAUGCUCUUGUUGUCGCAGAGAAUCAAAGAAUCCUUUGGAAGAACCUUAUGGUGUGAUUAGUCAUAAUGGAGGCUCAGCUAAACAUCAAUUUACCUCAGUAUUAUUUCAUGAUUUUGCUUCUGAUCUUAGUCGAAAUGCAGUUUCUUUAUCACAGAGUCGUUCUAUACAGUCGAAUACUAAAGGCAAAAUAAUCCCACUGGCUAUUGCGCUACCAACAUCAAAGAAGAGAGCGCUGCCAGAAUUGCCUAGUUCUAUUUCUCAAACACAAAAUGACAGAUCUACAGAUCCUAUUUACUCAGUUGUAUUCAGUCAUCAAAAAACUGGAAUCGUUUCUGUUCCAUUUUCUACUGAAGCAAUAAAUCCGACAUAUGAGUCAAUAGAUGCUGAAUCUGAUUCCCAGUCUGAUCCAAUUUAUUCAGUGUUAGAGACUAAGCAGAAAACCAACAGGAGAUAUGAUUAUCCAGUUUUUACUUCUAAUUGUGCGGGUAAUGACACAGUCUAUCAAAGCGCUUCGCAGUUAUAUACAGGCGGAAGUGAAGAUCCUUAUAGUUCAAUCAAUAGUAACGUUGGUGAGAAAAACUAUGAUUUAAAUUAUGGUCAUAUCAAUGAAAACAUUCCUGCUGAAUCGCAUUCAGCUUCUUGCCACUCUUCGCGGCCAUCUACUAGCAAAAAUCUUGAUCAUCUUUAUACUCAGAUAAAACGCAAUCCCUGUUCAACCGCUAACUCAAAUUUGACGAAUCAGCGGUUCUCGCCUUCACCUAUUGCAUUGCAAAAUUCUAAUGGAUCUCCUCUUGCAACUACAAAAGCUUCAAUUAAUCAGAAAGUCAGUAGAGAACCCUCUUAUCGCUAUAUAACUGUACGAGAGAGCAUUGACAUAAUUCGGCAGCGCAUAAGUCAACGUGAAGAGGAAUUACGACGAAUUCUAUCAGUGUCUGGUGGAUCAAAAAGUGCAAUUCGAGAUCACUAUUAUUCAUCCAUUGGUGGUGAUUACGAAUCAGUACCGAAUCCUAACGUUGAAGCUCCUGAACGACAGUUAUUAUCGCAAAUUGGAGAUAUUGGAUUGAUGUCUGCAAAAUCUCAGCAAGAUAUAUCGUUUGCGCCAAAGCCUCCGACAUCUCCAAUUCCAGAUCGAAAUAAAAAAUCUCACAUUCUUUCCAGUGACGACGUCUGUCCGUAUAGUUCACCUUUCCAAGCGGAAACUUAUCGAUAUAAUCGUAGGAAUAAUACGAUGGAACGUAUCAGAAAAUUGCGAUCAAAUUUUUUCAAUGACAUUAACUGUGGCUUCACCGUAUCAAACACUUUUCAUCUUUUCUCCGCUGCAUCUGGUCUUGUGCGCAAUGAUAUGAAAUCAAAUGAGCAAGAGCUCUCUACUCAGCCUAAAAAAAAUUCGAAAGAAAUUUUGGUUGAUUUACAAACGAAUAAAGGUGAAACUUCAACUGAUUUAGGUCGAAUACAAUUCUCGCAUGCUAUGCGAGUUGAAGCAGUUUUGCCUAAUGCUGGGGAAAAUAUUGUUUCCAAGGUUGCAAAUGCAUCAUUACCAUCACUGGCUUCUUUGUACUUAUCUAAUUCUGGUUCAUCACAAAAUUUCUGUGCUAAAACUGUGAAACGUUCUGCAACAUUAGGGACUUUAAAUGAUAUUUAA